AUGUCUUCUUUGAUGCAUAAACUUAUAUCUCCUCAACAAGCUGCUUACAUUAAGGGAAGAAAUAUUCAAGAUCAAAUUGCUCUUGCUUCUGAGAUGGUAAAUGAAAUGAAGAAGAAAAGGAGAGGAGGUAAUACUGGAUUUAAACUAGAUAUCUCUCAGGCAUAUGAUUCUGUCAGCUGGAACUUCUUAUGUCAAGUUUUACUAAAAUAUGGGUUUUCAGAAUCUUGGUAUAAGUGGUUGUGUACUCUAUUUGAAUCUGCUAAGUUAUCUAUAAUAAUUAAUGGAGGGCCAAAUGGCUUCUUUUCAGUUGGAAGGGGACUUAGACAGGGAGACCCAUUAUCUCCAACUUUGUUUCUCAUGGAGGAUGUUCUUAGUAGGAAUAUUUCAAAAAUGGAAAAUAUUAGAUGGUCUUUAGGUGAUGGAAAAAAGGUAUCCUUAUGGUUUGAUUCUUGGAUCAAUGAUACUCCUCUUAUUGAGGAUAUUGGUUAUACAGACUAUGUUAAAGAGCAUAUAAAUAUUAAAGUUGCAGAUAUAAUCCUUUAUGGAAAAUGGAACAUGUCUGGGGAAAUCAUUCAAAUUCUUUCAUCCUAUACUUUGCCAGAAAUUGGAGCAGAGCAUGAUCAUCUUAUUUGGAGAGGUGAUAUAAAAGGGGUUGCUGGUUUUGGAAUUGUGAUUAGAGAUCAUCUAUUCCAGGUAAUGGGGACUCUCUCUGGUGGAAUUGGUGUUGCAUCCAACUACAUAUAUGAAGUGUGUGCUGUGAUCUAUGCAGCUGAACUGGCUGUGACUUGGAAACUGCAGAAUAUAAUCAUUAACUCAGACUCUAAAACAGUAAUCUCUGAGUUUGCUGAAAAUAAGAUGUCCUGGUUUGUCAGAAUAAGAUGGUAG